AUGGCACAGCCAGCUUCUCUGGACAAAUUCCUGCGCCCUUUGACCACGUUUGUGAGCGAUUCACUCGAGGCUGCCCCGUUCCAGACCUUCCUUGUCCUCGUCCUCAUAUACAUGCUCUCUCUUCCCGUGAUCGGGUGGAUAAUGACAUUGUGGCCACUGUUUCCUUCCGACGAAGACAGUCCUCACAAGGUUUGCCCAACGUGCGGCAGUGUCGGCGGUACUGCAAACGAUGAGACGCAAAAUAAAAUCUCCAAGCCGGAGGUCAAUUGA